AGAGAGCGAGAGAGACAGAGAGAGAGAGAGAGAGAGAGUUGGAUUACGCCGUUACCUAGACUGCAGGAUAAAGCAGAGUUUGGAAGCUAUCAUGGGGAAGAAAGAGAGAAGAGAACAUGUCUAAGUUAUGUGGAACUUAUUCAGGAAAAGAUUAGUCAGUACCUAUCUCAUCAUCAAAGGAGCAGAAAAGAAUAAGAUCAUCUGUUAAAAUGCAAACGAGCACAUGGACUCCACCUGUCAGACAGAACAGUCUGCCUAGUCCACACGAGACUCUCUCUAGCAUGCAGUUUGGCCCAACACUGCAGAUGGGAUAUUACGGGUUGCAGCAAGACAGCUUUGAUCAGCAAUCUCUCAGAUUAAGCAAUCCCCAUGCUUUCACCCAGCCUUUAUCAAGUUCAGCUAAUUUGCAAUCAAAUCAGACUCAACAGAUGUGGAGCAGUGGAUCCCAGAGUCAGUUCCCUUACAUAUCUCCAGCUUCUGGCAGAAAUCCUGCACCAAUUAUUGUACACCAUGCAUCUUUGCAAUCUAAACAAGUAGGAACCCUUGUUGUAAACUUCAACCAUGAUCCUCAGGUCAUAAAUACCACUAUUCAGAGGAAUUAUGAGGAUCUGCAAUCCAUGCAAAAUAUCAAUUGUACAGCUACUGCUCCUCACUUCUCUAUUCUGCCUGUUCCUAGCAAUGCAAAUGGUGUACUUGAUAAUAGUUAUUGUAGGAAUGGUUCAAUUCCACCUUGGCAACACCCUUUAUAUAGACAACACCAUGGAGUAGAGACUACAUGCAAACCUGCAGCUCAGUCACAGCAGGCAGCUUUAACUGCUUGGAUUAGUCAUGCAGCACAAACAAUUAACAUGAAUCAAGGACAAAUGAGUGUAGUAGGUCAACACAGUGAGACACCUAGCUCUGUUGCACACUUUCCUGCUGCAUCUCAUAUACCAGUGGAUUCAAUGCUGCCUUCACAGAUUAGAACUUCCAGCAGUCACAUGAGUCAGAACCAGGUUCAAAAUGCAUUAUGCCGACCUUCAUCACAUGGAAAAUAUGUCGGUUAUAUCGAGUUAAAUCAUAGUUCUAGCCAAAAUCCACCCCCACCAUAUAGAGCCAGGGUGAAUUCUGCCAAUCAGAACCAGUCUAACCGAAGGCUAAACCAAGUUUCCCCCAGUUUAACUCAAGACAAAAUCCAGUCCCAGACCACACCUAUUUCUGGCCAUCACAGACAGACAAACUUUGCAACAUUUUCUGCUAUUCAGCGCGGUACACAGCCACAAGUCCUACAAUCAAACAACACAGUGAGUGGGCUGACUACAAACUCCCAGGACCUAACCUCUUUUAGCACUUCAACCAGUCAAACGUCAUCUCCAACUACAGGAUCAAGAUCUACUAACUACUCUCAUAGUCUUCUAUUCCAUCUGUUACAACAAGAGGACAACAACAAGUUAACUGGUCUGACUUCAUUCAGUAACUGUUUUGGGUCGCAGUUUGCUAAGAGCAAAAGUGGAUCCCAGCAGUUUACACAUGACAAUACAGUUGGUUAUAUUAUCACCGGGGAAAACUACACUCAAGGCAGGGUAAGGCAAGGCAAGGAGUUCCAGGAACCUGGUAAAGAAAUAGGUAUUUCAAGGGGGAAUGAAAUUGGAACUGGUAGUCAUCUGGCAGAACCACAAAAGUUAAGUCAGAAUGAGACGGCUAAUUGGAAAAAGAGAAAUGAAGAGGUGCAGUCCUCUAUAGAUCCAAUUGAUUCCAUAAAGCUGGUAAUAUCACAGCCCAGAAUGGUUCGACAAGUCAACAAGGCAGUAGCUGUGGUUCCACCUAUUUCUCAUCAGGCUUCCAGUCAUGUACAGCAGAAUGUUACCACAAGCACUCAUGACAGCCUCCCCUUGAACACCAAUACUGUCAAGAAUCUUUUUGAGGAGUGUGAAAACAUGGAGAAGGAGACAAAUGUACGAAAUGUGACCUUUAAGCUCACUGAGGAUCUGCCUCAUGUACCUUGUACACCAAGUUCUUCACCAAGACUGGGAUCAGCAAUUGACACCUCAGUUGACGUCUCUGAAACGCCUACAUCUGAAAACGAUCCAACAUCUGGCUUGCAAAGCUGUGAUAUAUCUCAGUGUAAAAAUGGCUCUGUAGCUACAACCCAAAUCUCAAACAAAUGUCAAGAUGCUGUCCAAGUUGUUGACUCGACAUCAGAAAGUUCAGUAGAACAAAAUGAUGUAGAAGACUCAUUUGAUUUGUCCACAGUUCCUGUGGUUAAUUAUACUUUGAAGGAAUUGAAGGAUUUAGUGAACUCUUUAGACGUCAUUCCAGCAUUGAGAGCCAAAUCGCCAAUAGAUGUUUUGAAGUGCAUUCUAGAUCUCUAUUAUGAUGGGAAGAAGCAAAACCAGAAAAAAAUAGAAUCAUUAAAAGGGCUUUUGAAAACCUCAUCUGAACUGUGCAUAAAAGAAAUGCAUGCUGUGGUUCUUCAGUACCUGUUACCUAAACACUUAAAAAUGCUGGAAAAUUGUUCCCAAAUCCUGAUAAAUGAAACCACCUUACCAUCUGAGGACUUUAGAUCUUCCUGGUUGAAUGUGGAUGGACAUCCAGCUGAUGUGGAAAAAGUUCUUGCAGAACCCAUUUCAGAAUAUAACCUCACAUGGUGCAAGAAAGUUUCACAGUCAGUAUCUGAAAAUGUUGUGAAUAUUGUAGAUAGUCUAGCCCAGAUCAAUACAGAUAACCCUGAAGAUCUGGGUGUGCAUGCUCAUAAAAGCAUACCCAAAACCACAACAGAUAACAUUCCUGAAUACUUCGGUCACUCAGAUCCUGAACAUUCUGCAGCGAUAUUUGCAACAAAUGAUUGCAAGACAGACAUGAUGAUCCUUGAGAAAGGUCUUAUUAGUAGAACCCCCAAUAAACUCUCUUGGAUGCAACUACAUGAUGAAGUAGAUAUGGUAAAAGAGAACAACCGAGUAUUCACUGAGCCAUCACUUACAAGCAGUUCUGAUAAAUGUGUAACAAAUAAUAUUGAUUCAUUUGAGGAGACAGAUGCUUCUGAUGAUUCAGAUUCCACCAAUGACUUGCCUGAAAUCAUACUUCUCUCAUCUGAGGAUGCUAGAAAAAUCUUCAGUGAGUGUUCUGAGUCUCAUCGGACAAGCCAGGAGGAAGGGAAGGAUUUGGUCACACUUUGUGUCAAAAACCACUCAGACUCGAGUAAAGUGAAGCCACUCAAUGAUUUCAAAUUCACUUGUCCUCAUGUGACUGGCUUAGUCUGUGGCAGUGACUUCUUCUGCCCCAGUUGCUGGAAUAAGACACCAUUACUUGAUAUUGACCAAGAUGAGACUCUGCUUACCCCGAAGGAGGGGGAACUUAAUACAGACUACCAGAGACAAAGGCAUAGACCACACUCUGGAACCCAAAUUGAAUACCCAAGUGCACCCGUACACCUAGAGAGUAGCAGCAAAAUCAAGUCUGUCAUAUCCACCGAAAAAUAUGAUGGAUUUCAUGUGACGAGAGAUCCUAAUCCUGUUUCUCAGAGAAAAAGUUCUAGUCCACCACCUGCUCAAGAACCAAAACCUGGAAUAGCAGGCACCAAGAACAGCAGUAUCACCAACCCAGUUGCAGAGGAUCUCAAAAAAAUUAUAUCUUCAGCUAGGACAAAGCCAGAACACAUGAAAAAUGAAGAUGCAGACUCUCCAUCAGGGACCAAAAUAUUAACAGGAAUGGUUUCUCCAUCAAGGAAUUUGUCUCGGAAAAAUGUAAAAUCCCCCAAGACUGAUGCAGUUCCUUAUACAGAUGACAUAUUAUUCAGCCCUGAUUUUGUAAUUAAAAAUUCUAGCACCCAUAAAAAACAUCCAAGUGAACACAGGUCUACAUCUAGGGAUGAUGGCCAGUCCAGGGGUGAAAGCAAAGAAAGUGGUAACUUUCCUAUCAAGAAGAAGCUUUCCCCCAAAACUAAACUAGGUACUCCUUCUCAACUGCCAAACUUCAGUGGGACAUCCAAAUGCAAGAAGGCAGUACCGCAUAAGCAAAAGAGACCAAUCAUCAAGGGAAAAGGACAUGAUGGACAAAGCAAACAAACAAAGAAACUGAGAUUAGAAUUGUAUGGGUCCAACAGAAGCAACUCAGUCUGCCACGAUGAAGGAAAGUCACCCUCAAUUCCCAUUAACCUCUCAAUUUCUCCCAGUCCAAAUACUGGAAAGAGCUACACAGAUGAGCCUUCAGCUAAACAAAAGGUCUACAGCCAGUGGAGUACCACAUUCAUACAUCCACAAAAUAACUCCUCUUCAUAUAAGAAAAGCCAAAAGCACAUGGAGGAUCUGCUAAAGUCAAAAACACAGGUACUGAAAAUAACUCUGGAAGAAAGAAUCAUGGCUACUUGAUGUAAGCAAUCAAUUAAAUGGUUCUAAAGCACAAAGAAGCUGAAGAAGAUGAUGGCUGUGAUGCCACUGAAGAGAGCAAAAAGUUGAAGCACACCACUGCUGCUGAUAAUUUGAGUGGAAGAAUAAACUGAAUGUUAAGUGGAUUCAUUGGACUUCAUUUAUCAAUCUUUUAGUAAAGUUGUUUGUAAAUGUUUCUGUAAACUAAACUGAACAAAAAAUUCUGCUGGAUUUUCUUUGUUCUUGUGUGUGUGUGUUUGGUGAUGAAUGCCAAUCACCUAUAAAUUACUGAAAAUUAUUUUGACUCACUGCUAUCCCAAUAAAAAAUAUUUAAUAAUAUAUAAUAGUCCGUUAUUUAUAGGCCACCAUUUUGAAAUUUUGCCGUAAAUGAAUGAGUCGUUUUAUUUGUCUUAAUUUAUUGGUUUGAGUUGGCUCGCUUUCUUUAUUAUUUAUAUUCUUUAUUUCAUGCUAAUAAUAUGAAGCAACUGGUUUUCACAACAUUUUCUUGAUAUUACUCUUAGUCCCUGAUCUAGUGAACUAGCUUGAGGAUGUGUUUUUGAUAGAGACUCCAAGCGCUUCUAUAAGUCGUUCUGGAUAAGAACAUCUGCUAAAUGCUAUUAAAUGUAAUUAAAACAGUUUAAGCUUCACAAUGUAUUCCAGAUAUAAACGUGCAGUAGUUCAUGAAAGUCAGUCAAGGUGAGUUUUACAUAAGUUAGUCUUGUUAUGUGUAAAUUUACCCACACUCGGAAGCACGAGUAGGAUACGGGCGUUUUUUCAAAUGUACAGGAUUUUCAUGAAUACCAAAUUUCUUAUGGAAGCACUUGCACUAAGGAUUUACACAUAAAUCUGUGUGUAUCCAGCUUGAUAAAUGAGGCCCACUGUUUGUAUACCAGGCAAUAAUCUUGCUACUACAACGCAAAGCUAAAUCGAAUGAACCAAUUUAAACACAUCUUGUGUUUGUUUUAGACUCUAGUGUUGGAUCAAUUCUAAACGGAGUCGGUGAGAUGGAUGGAACAUGUUUUUGUGUUCGUUCUGAGUUUAGAACCUCUUGAAUGAUAAUCGAAUAUAACUAAGCAACAGUUUGUGGUAGAAGAUUGCUGACAGGAAACCACAGCCUUGCAGGAAGUGUACAUGUGCAAAAGGUACACAAAUGCAGAACAGACAUUUGUUGGUAACAUGAAAUGAUAUAUUAACCAGAAGGAGGGGAGGCAUUUGGUAAUUUGUUAGGCUGAGAAUACAUUGAUGCUGAACACUAGAAAAAAGCAGGCCUUUAACUAACUGAAAAUAAAUAUAAUUUAGUAUUACAUUUAGUAUUUUUAAUAAAUAACUAACCAAACGCUAGACACAGUGGUGAUAGCAAUGCUGUAGAUAACUUGAAGCAAACUGUAGAAGCAUGCCUCUACGGUACCUCCCUCGGUUGAUUUGUAUUUUUUCUUUUUUAUAUAGGCUACAGUGGUACUUGAAAGUUUUGGAACCCUUUAGAAUUUUCUAUGUUUCUGCAUAAAUAUCACCUAAAACAGCAGAAAGGCCUAAUGUAGAUAAAGAGAACCCAAUUAAACAAAUGAGACAAAAAUAUUAUACUUGGUCAUUUAAGAUAAGAUAAUACUUUAUUAAUGUCCAGACGGAGAAAUUUGGGUGUUACAGCAGCAGCAAGACAGGUGAAGAAAAUACAGAUAGUCAGGAGAAAAAUACAG